CACACGGUGCACUUCCGGGUAGCUCGGCUAGCUUAGCUGUCCAGAGAAACCGACUGAAUGGUGACAAUGACAGCACCAGCAUAGCUGACUGAGCGGCCUGGACAUGAGGAGCUUACUGCUGUUGGCCUUUCUGGCUCCUUGUUGGGUCAACGCUGCAAUAAAGUCAAGAGUCAUGAGGGAAGAAGAGCCCGAAGAAAACCCGGAAUACGAUGCUCUGAACUCCAUCCUGUCAGAUUUCGAGGUGCUGCCACUGUCAGGCCUCCAGCUGCACUCUGUGAGGAAGAGGGACCUCCACGCCCAGUCCCACCUGGAGCGCCUGGUGAGCUUCAGAGCCCUGCACAGACAAUUCAAGCUUUACUUGACCACCAACACAGACCUUUUCACUGAAAACUUUAAAGCUGUCUUUGUUGAUAAACACGGGAGGGAGGAAAACUACAAUGUUAAUCUUCAGAACUAUUUCACUGGACAUGUUGUUGGAGAGGAGAAUUCACGUGUGCAGGCACACAUAGAAGGAGAUGAAUUUUCCGCUCACAUUCUAACUGAUGAAGCUGAGUACAAUGUAGAGCCUCUGUGGAGGUUUACAGAUUCCCCAGUUGAUGGCAGGUUGCUUGUUUAUCGCUCAGACGACAUCAAGAAUCUGAGCCGUAUCGUCUCUCCGAAAGUGUGUGGUUACAUCCACGCAGAGUCUUCGGACUUUCUGCCAAAGACUUCAAACAUGGAUGGGGACGGGCAGGAGGAGGUGGACAAAGAAAAGGGUUACCACCACAGAGAAAAGAGAAAUGUUCACGAUCACAAGAAGAAUACCUGCCCCCUGUUGCUGGUUGCAGAUUACCGUUUCUUUAAACACAUGGGCCGCGGACAAGAGAGCGUCACUCUCAACUACCUGAUUGAGCUGAUUGAUCGAGUUGAUGACAUUUACAGGAACACAACCUGGGAUGAUGAAUACAAAGGCUAUGGGGUCCAGAUCCAUCAGAUCAUCAUUAACAAGGAGCCUACAAAGCCUUCCCGUGGCCAUGCUGGCACAGGAUGGGUCCACUAUAACAUGGAGAACGGCCCUGUGAAAGGAAAAGAGGUCUGGGACGUGAAGAGACUUCUGGAGCAAUUCAGCUCAGACAUAGCUGACAACGCCUCCACUGUGUGUCUGGCCCACCUCUUCACCUACCAGGAUUUCGAUGAGGGCACCCUGGGGCUGGCCUAUGUGGCCCCCUCCAAACCUCAGGCCCUGGGCGGCCUCUGCCCAAAAGCGUACUACCCAUCUCACUCUGUAAAGAAGCCAAGUUACCUCAACACAGGCCUGACCAGCACCAAGAACUAUGGCAAAACUAUCCUAACAAAGGAGGCAGACUUGGUGACCACUCACGAGCUGGGCCACAACUUUGGAGCAGAGCAUGAUCCUGACAACAUCCCUUACUGUGCUCCCAGUGACGACCACGGGGGGAAGUUUGUCAUGUACCCUAUUGCUGUGAGCGGAGACCAUGUCAACAACAAGCGCUUCUCCAACUGCAGCAAGAUCUCCGUAGGAAAGACGUUACGUUUCAAGGCUCCCGAGUGCUUCAAGGAGAGGAACAGUAAGGUGUGUGGGAACUCCAGAGUUGAGGAAGGGGAGGAGUGCGACCCCGGGCUACUCCACCUCAACGACGACCCCUGCUGCUCAGCCGACUGCAAAUUCAAACCUAGAGCACAGUGCAGCGACAGAAACAGCCCUUGCUGUAGGGGUUGCAUGUAUGAUCUUGCAGGAAGGAGAUGCCAGGAACCCAUCAGUGCUACCUGUAAAGGCAUAUCAUCUUGCACAGGCAACAGCAGUCAGUGUCCUCCUCCAGAAAAUGCUGAUGACAACACUGUGUGUGUUGACAACGGCCGGUGUCACAAUGGAGAGUGCAAUCCUUUCUGUGAAGCCAUGCAGAACCGUCAGUCCUGUGCCUGCAACGAGACGGAGGACUCCUGUAAAGUAUGCUGCAGGGGAAAAGGUGGCGCCUGCUCUCCUUUCAUCCAGGCCAAUGGCAGUUUUCUUUUUCUUCGCAAAGGGAAACCCUGCACUGUGGGCUUCUGUGACGAAGGCGGGAAGUGCAUGAAGCAGGUGCAGGAUGUGAUAGAGAGGUUGUGGGAUUUUAUCGACAAGCUGGACAUUAACACAUUUGGGAAGUUCCUGGCUGAUAACAUAGUGGGCUCUGUCGUGGUGUUUUCACUCGUCUUCUGGAUUCCUCUCAGUAUCCUCGUUCACUGUGUGGACAAACGACUUGACCAGCAGUAUGAAGAUAACACAAAGUGCUUCUUCUACCCUCCAAGCAGUCAAGAAAUGCUGAACAACCUCGAGUCAGCGUCCAUACUCAUCGUCAAGCCUCCUCAGCCUCCAUCCUCCUACGCCGGUCAGAUCGCGCCCUCCUACCUGCCCCCACAGCAAAGCCAGCUAGGGGACUCUCCCGCGGCCAGCACCAGUACCCAUGCCCCCGACCCGAGCUGCGGCCCCACCCCGGACAGCGCAGGGGGGCCGCGGAUGGCCACCAUCCAGGAGGACACCAGCAGCGACUCUCACCUGGGAGAGGAAAGCCUGUCGGACGAUUUCCCAACCGCAGGAGCCUCCUCGUCGGUUACGAAAUCCUCCUACGAGGAUCUGACAGAGCAGAACCCGUCAGCCAAGGAUCGACGGCGCCUCAAGAGGCAGGAAUGCAUUGACACAAAAGAGACAGAGUGCUGAGAGUAAAUCACAAGUACAUUUUUGUUUUUUUGUUUAGUACCAGCUAGGCACCAACACAUUCAUGACGCCGGAUAUGUGGUUUAGGGAACAUGCGAAUACAUGCAGCAUCAAAUGCAUUUUUCUUAUCGCUUAUUGGGCCGCAACUGUUGCAAGCUAAUGAUAAUCAUGAUGUGGAUAUUAUUCAGGCAGCUUCAACCUGGAUUGAACCACCACACAGAUAAUAUAUGAGUAGUCACAAAUCCCGAUGAAACAAAAUAUUUACAGAGUGAAUCCAUGUUUUUUCUUUGCCUGUGGUGAAAUAUUCCUGUGUCUUUUCUCAGUAAGAUUGGGGUCCCUGUUUAGAUCUGUGGAAAUAAAUCUACUGCGGGCUGGUUGCCCAAACAUGUCAUGAAGUUUGAUUAUCUUUUUUUUGUCUUAACCCACUGGCUAGAUGGUUUGGGAAUAUGUACCUAAAUGCUGGUACACAAAGUACUCUCUUCAUGGCAAUGCAGCCUCACUGGUUUGUUCCACUAACAGAUGAACAGGUGAAUGAUUUAACAUAUCAUUGAUGAUUGUUAUGCAUAUUUUACUGUUGAAAGAAAUUUUUCACACUCAUGUUAAGCAGCAAACUUUGACUACAAAAUCAGUUUUAUCUUUAAUCUGUCAUAACUGCACUUUUGAGUAUUUUUCCACAUCACUGGAGAAUUUAAAUGUGUUUUACACCUGUUUUUACUUUGCUGUGUCAUUAGUUGUUUAUUUUAAAGAUGUGCAGGCCUCUGAACAUUUCCACCCCUUUGCACUGAGAAUGCAACAUUUGAAUACUGUACUGGGAUAAGUGUUGGUCUCUUCUCUAGUACACUUGUUUAUCCAGCUGUUAUGGAAGUUUAACUAAGAGAAGUCUAUAUUGUCCAUAUAAGGCAACAUGUUGCCUUUUCUGAUUUUGUGCCUAACCGUCCGACUUCCAUUUAAUGAACAUGAAUCUGAACAAUCCUGAAUUUAAUUUUAAAAUAACUUUGUGUGAGGUGCUCAAAUGUUAUUUUUCCGUUUGGUUUUCUGUCCUUAUGCCAAUGUGAGUUCUGCAUCUUUUUAUUUUUUGCCGUCUCGCCACUGUUGCCUAUUGUAUCACAUGUUAAAACUGUAAAACAUGUACUUACUGUAAGUCAAGGAGAAAGAAAUAGUCUGUGUAGCCAACAUUGACUACUGGAUUGAUUUAAGAUGUUGUACUAGCAGAUGUCAUGUCAUAUAUCUUUAAUAUUUCUAUGUUUAUGAAAGUCA